AUGACCAAUAACAACCACAUGAAACAACAAUCCAAAUCUCGCAGAAGAAGAUACUCGAACAACAAUGAUUCAGAAUCAUCACCCGCUGUUAGACAACGUCGCGGAAGCAAGAACAAGGAUAACAAUGUAAAUAAUAACAACAAGGAUUCCACCACCGCUUCCACCCAACCUAAUGAAACAGCCAUCAUUCCAUCAUCAACAGCAGCCACAACCUCUCCAUCACACUCAACCAUCAUUCCAUCCAAAUAUUCCCAAUACUUUGGUUUAGAGGAAGGCGAAUUUGUUGAAGCUUUUUCAUCGGUCAUUCAUGAAAUUUCCUCUCAAGGUGAUACCAUACCUGCAGAGGCACAGCAAAAGACUCGGUUCCAUACCCAUCAACCUCCUAAUAUUUCUCUUUCCAAAUAUUUGGAUCGAAUUGUCAAGUUUGCUUUCUGUUCUGCUGAAUGUUACAUUUUGAGCUUGGUUUAUAUGGAUCGAUUGGUUCAGUCCAAUCCAAACUUUGUAAUUAGCAGCCUUUCCAUUCAUCGCUUGCUCAUCACAAGCAUUAUGGUGGCUGCUAAAUUCUUCGAAGACAAGUUCUAUAACAAUGAAUAUUACGCCAAAAUUGGUGGCAUUGAAAAAGAGGAGAUGAACAGAUUAGAGAUUGAGUUCCUCUACAUGAUCAAUUUCUCUCUUCAUUUCCAACCUCCAGAGUUUGAGCAAUACAAGGACGAAUUUAUUGUCUUGCCAGCUCUCGAGAAGAGAAAGCAAAAUGGUUGUGAGAACUUGUCAUCCCAACAUCAAGAAAAACUCUUGAUGCCUGAUGUGAACAGUGGCGAAGUGACGACUGAAACCUGUGUCCAAAUCGAAAAGAAGAGCCGAAAGUCAAACAAGAGCAAACACACGGAUAAAGCCAGCGUUGCUUCCAAGAAAAAAGCUGAACCCAUUGAAACUUCUCCUUCGAGCACUUCAUCACCAACCUCAUCACUUCUCUCACAGCUUUCAUCCUUCAUGAGUAAGGUUUCACUUUCUGUUGCCUACUAA